AGUGUUUUUAUUUCAUUCAGACGGACAUUCUUUCACUAAUCAAGAAUAAUCAUAACUCUUGAGUCAUGGGAGAAUUUGAAUGCUACUUUUUGAUGUAAAAAUCUGUCUGUGUAGGGUUAGAAACUGUGGAAACAAAUAAAGGUUGUUUGGAGAAUCUUUUGUGAAAAUGUGGAAAAAAAGGUGGUUGUAGUAUUUGCCAUCAAACACCAAAAGAAGAUCAAGGAAGACGAGUAGAAAAGAAAGAGAGAAAGAAACAAAACAGCUUUAAACAGAAAUAAGGGGAGACCACUACAAAGUAACCAACCUAUGAUGUAAUGUAUAAGAGUUCAGCUGUAGAAUCCUUUGAUAUGUGGUUAGGCAGUAAUGCAGCAUCGCAAAUGUCAACUGUAAAACACAACCAACAUUCAUCCAUGGGUGCUCUAAAAUACCGAAGAAGAUAAGAAACAAACACGCAGAGAUGAAAUCCCAAAAAAGUGUUUCACUUUUACAUGAGGUCCUUAUGGAGGGUUUGUAUCACAAUGCAGUCCUCAGAGUUAAGGAAGUGGAAUUUAAAACCCACACGAUCAUCCUCCGUCGCUGCAGUCCUUACUUCCGCGCUCUCUUCAAGUACCAGUCGACUGCAGACAACAUGGUUUUUGACAUCUCCGACCUGUCUCCCAACUCAAUGCAGCUCAUCCUUGAGUUUGCAUACACCGGCUCUGUAAACGUGAGGAAGGACAACGUGGAGGAGUUAAUAAUAGCUGCUGAUAUGCUUAACGUGAUGGCUGUCGUUCAAGCCUGUGCAGAUUUCAUCAGUGAGCAGCUCUGCCCAGAAAACUGCAUUGGCAUCUGGAGGCUCACGAACGUCGUCAACUGUGACCUGCAGCAAAAGGCCCACCGCUACAUCACGUGUCACUUUGAGCAGGUUUAUCUCUGCGAAGAGUUCCUGCAGCUCUCUGUGCAGGAGCUUGUCGGGAUCCUUGAUAGAGACGAGCUCAACGUGAAGAUGGAGUUCAUUGUGUUUAAGGCCGUCAGUCACUGGAUUUCCCACAGACCUGAAGAGCGAGAGAAGCACAUUGCUUUGCUUUUGUCUAAGGUCAGGCUGGCCUUGACAAGCAUGCGAUGCAUUUACGUUGACGUGAUGUCCAAUGAGCUGGUGAUGAACAACACUGCGUGCCAGAAAAUGGCCAGUGAUGCCAUCAAAACCAUUCAGUACAAAAUCAGACAAAAACCCUCUGUGUUUGGUUUCCGCAAUGUUUUUGCUCGCCCUCGUCUGCCCAAUGCCAUCCUGUUGGCCAUUGGAGGCUGGAGGGGCAGCAGUCCGGUGUCAGACAUCGAAGCAUUUGAUGUCUGUGCCGGCCGCUGGUUCAAGGUGGUACACAACCUGGACCGUCCUCGGGCCUAUCACGGCACUGCCUUUCUCGACGGCUACCUCUACUGUAUUGGCGGCAUUGACCAAAUGGAACGUUUCAACACGGUGUGCAGGAUGCACUUGAGGACACAGACCUGGCAGGAGGUGUCAUCGAUGUAUUAUGGCCGCUGCUACGUGUGCACAACAGUGUUGAACGGGUGCAUCUAUGCUCUGGGAGGCUUUGAUGGCUACUUUCGACUCCACAGUGCCGAGUGCUACGCACCCAAAACCAACCAGUGGAAAUGUAUCGCAGAGAUGCACUUUUCGAGGAGCGACGCCAGCUGCACAACACUUCAUAAUAAGAUUUAUGUCUGUGGUGGAUAUGAUGGUCAUGGCAGCCUGGAAACAGCUGAAUGUUACAACUCAGAGACAAACCAGUGGACAAUGAUUGCCCCCAUGAACAGCAAGCGCACUGGACUUGGAGUCAUCGCACAUGCAGACCUGGUCUAUGCAAUUGGUGGCUGUCAAUCCUCCAUCCGUCACAGCAGCGCAGAGGCCUACAACCCCCAGACCAACACUUGGAAUGUAAUGUCCUCCAUGUCGACACCACGGAGCAGCUUUGGCCUUGGGGUGAUCAAUGAACAGAUCUAUGUCGUUGGUGGUUUCACCGGCCCCAGAGUUAGCAACAAAGUUGAAUGUUAUGACAAAGACCUCGAUCGAUGGUCACUGGCGUGUGGUAUAAAGAGAUUCCGCACAGCGCUGAGUUGCUGUGUGGUUUACGGAAUCCCAAACAUAGCCGACUUUAUAGUCCCUCGUGACUCCCUGCCACUUAUACAUUUGGACGACAGAGCAGUGGUGUCAUGAGUCAUUGUUUAGCGCUAUAGUGCCCUGUGCCAAAGUUCACGCUGGCAAAACUUGUUGGCAAGUGCAAAAGAGCAUUUUAUGGGUUUUAUUGGCAGAAAUCAAUUUUUGGCAGCCAGUCUGGGCAGAACACCUGUUUCAAGCCUGGAUAAAUGUGAGGGUUUAGGGAAGGUAAUCCAUUGUGGUGACGCCUAGAGAGGGAGAAGCCAAAAGCAAAAAAGUGGCUUAGCGAUAACAACUUUGAAAUGUGAUUCUUUGGUCGUACGCAGCCAAAGUAGUGUUACACUGGACAGGAACUUGUCAAGAACAAAAGUGAUAUGAAUGUGUUAUUGAAAUCACCUCAUUUUGCACGGAAUCACCUUCCUAUCUCAUCUCAACAAGUCCAGUCAAAGUGAAGUAGGCACCGAGCAGUCCAAUCUGCAGCAGCACCGAGCGUUUCGAGUUCUUGUGAUGACAUCACGUUGUUUCAACGAGUGUAUUUUACAGUAUUUUAAAAACACAUAAAAUACAGAAUUCUUUUUGAUACAAAAUAUGAAGGCAUUUUCAUCAUCUCAA